AUAAAUUUUUUGCAAAUUAAUUUUCAUACUAACAAUGGAAGAGCUACUAUCAUCUCUAAUUAACUUUCCUGUAAAUGAAGAGUUAAAAAACAGUAGCAAUAUUAGUGAUAGAUUAUUAUAUAUAGUUUGGAAUAACAUAUUUUUAAGAAGAAAAAUUUAUAAACACAUUUUAAAGUUUAUUGAACAUUGUGAAAAAUAUUUUGAUAUAUCCAGUUAUGACUAUUUUAAAUAUAAAUCAUAUAUAACAACACUUAAGUGGUGUGGUGAUCAUCUACCAGAUAAAAAUGAAUUUCCACCAUUUUUGACAAAUUUAUAUUUGUACUCUUUUUGUAGAAUGUUAACUCCAACAACUUUACCAAAUACAAUUACUACACUCACACUCAGUCAUGAUUUUUACAAAGAAAUUCUACCCGGCACAUUACCAAAUAGUCUCACAACACUCACAUUCGGUUAUCAUUUUAACCAAGUAAUUCUACCCGGCACAUUACCAAAUAGUCUCACAACACUCACAUUAAGUUAUGCAUUUAACCAAGUGGUUCCAUCCGGCACAUUACCAAAUAGUCUCACAACACUCACAUUCGGUAAUGAUUUUAAUCAAGUAAUUCGACCCGGCACAUUACCAAAUAGUCUCACAACACUCACAUUCAGUUAUGGUUUUAACCAAGUAGUUCAAUGUGGCACAUUACCAAAUAGUCUCACAACACUCACAUUCGGUACUAUGUUUAACCGAGUAAUUCUACCCGGUUCAUUACCAAAAAAUCUUACAACACUCACAUUCGGUCGUUGUUUUAAGCAAUUAGUUCCACUCGGCACAUUACCAAAUAGUCUCACAACACUCACACUCGGUGAUUAUUUUGGCCAAGUAUUUCUACCCGGGACAUUACCAAAUAGUCUCACAACACUCACAUUCGGUGAUGGUUUUAACCAAAUAGUUCCACCCGGCACAUUACCAAAUAGUCUCACAACACUCACAUUCGGUGGUGAUUAUAACCAAGUAAUUCUACGCGGCACAUUACCAAAUAAUCUCACAACACUCACAUUCGGUUAUCAUUUUAACCAAGUAAUUCCACACGGUACAUUACCAAACAGUCUCACAACACUCACAUUCGGUCAUGAUUAUAACCAAGUAGUUCUACUUGGCACAUUACCAAACAGUCUCACAACACUCACAUUCGGUUAUAAUUUUAACCAACUGAUUCCACCCGGCACAUUACCAAACAGUCUCACAACACUCACAUUCGAUUAUUAUUUUAACCAAGUAGUUCCACGCGGCACAUUACCAAAUAGUCUCACAACACUCACAUUCAGUACUAGGUUUUGCCAAUCAAUUCUACCCGGCGCAUUACCAAAUAAUCUCACAACACUCACAUUCGGUAAUUGUUUUUAUGAAGAAGUUCUACCCGGCACAUUACCAAAUAGUCUCACAACACUCACAUUCGGUUAUGGCUUUAACAAAGUAAUUCCACCCGGGACAUUACCAAAUAGUCUCACAACACUCAAAUUCGGUGGUAAUUAUAACAAAGUAGUUCAACCUGGCACAUUACCAAAUAAUCUCACAACUCUCACAUUCGGUGAUUAUUUUAAUCAAGUAACUCCACCUGGUACAUUACCAAAUAGUCUCACAACACUCACAUUCGGUCAUGAUUAUAACCAAGUAGUUCUACCUGGCACAUUAUCAAAUCGUCUCACAACACUCACAUUCGGUUAUUGUUUUAAUCAAGUAAUUCUACCCGGCACAUUACCAAAUAGUCUUACAACACUCACCUUCGGUGGUGAUUAUAAGCAAGUAAUUCCACCCGGCACAUUACCAAACAAAAUAAAAAUAAAAGUAUUAAAAUAAUAAUAUUACAUUUU